CCCUUUCGCUUUCUCUUUCGGGGCGGAGGCGGAGAGGGAGAUGGCGGCGGAAGACUCGGACUGCGAGGACCCGCAGGCUGCCCUCCUGAGGGAGAGCCCCCCUCCCCGCAGGACCCCAGCGCCCCCUCCCGCCUCCCUCUGCCAAUGGGCAUUGUCCCCGGUCAUCUACUGCUGGAACCUCUGCCGCAGAACGGUGGUGGGUGCUGCGCAUCUAUGUGUGCGGCUGUGGCGUUUGCUGUUUUGUCGAAGGAAGCCUGAAAACCUGCUCCUGGGAGGAUCCCAAAAUUGGGAGAAGCGAAGAUGCUGGUUGUGGUCGUGGUUGUGGUCAUGGAUUGAAGCAGAGCUCCCCAUCCGGGUCCGUGUCACAGGGCAGACCGGUGACUGCGAGCACCAGUUCUUAAAGAAGGUCUCCGACUGCGUUUCCCAGGACUUCAUCCGUCUCAAGAAGGGUGAUUCCUCUGCUCAAUUCCUGAAUGUCUUCUGCCCGGUGGUUUCUCGGGUGGGCACCGACAUGCAGAACGCUCUGGGGGGUCUCCAUGGUGAGAGCAAGGCCAUCUUGGUGAUGCUGCACCACAUGCCCAAGGAGAGCAACCGCUUUGUGGACACCAAGCAGCAGGCAUCUCACCCAGCCGUGGUGCGCACCGUCCACACUCGCUACACGCUCGAAGACGGCCUCUACCCCUGCCAGGUGAACAAGGAGGCCGUGGAGGAUGUGGCCAAAAUCUUCAUCAACCAUUGCAAAGGGGUGAGGAGGAUCCAGCGAUUCCUGGCGCUCUCCCUGCGCUGUGUGUUCUGGAGUACAAUCGCAAUAGCGAUAGCUGUCAAGAGUGGCAUUGUCAACAUAGCAGGACCGUCACAGCAGCCAAGGACCUGA